UGCGCAGCAGCACUGGCCUGAUGCUGUUUUGUUGAGAGCUUGAGAACAGAGAGUGAAACUUCAAGGCUUCAGGUGAAGAUAAGAUUUUAGCCUAAAUAGGCACAUGAGUUUGCAGACUGUCAUGAGAUCCGGCCUGGCCCCCGGCUGCCCCUCCUGCAGUUGAUGACUCCGCAGCCGGCGUGGAGAUGACGGACAGUGUCAGAGCGUUUCUCCGCAAUGUUGCGACGGGGAUCAAGGACUCCAUCCUGGGCAUUGGAACCAUUUCCAAGCUGGACGCUCGGAUUCAGCAGAAGCGGGAGGAGCAGAGGAGGCGCAGGACAUGCGGGACCCUGGCCAAGAGACGGGCUCAGAGCGAGGAACGAAAGCAGGACAGUGAACCGAAACUAGCAAGUCGUAUUUUCCAGUGCUGUGCCUGGAACGGAGGCGUGUUUUGGCUAAGUCUGUUCCUGUUUUAUCGAGUGUUUAUCCCACUGCUCCAGUCCAUCACUGCUAGAAUCAUAGGUGACCCCUCUCUGCACGGGAACGUGUGGUCCUGGCUGGAGUUCAUUCUGACUUCUGUAUUCAGUGCGCUCUGGGUUCUGCCUCUCUUUGUGCUGAGCAAGAUAGUCAACUCCAUUUGGUUCCAGGACAUUGCUGAUCUGGCGUUUGAAGUGUCUGGACGUAAAGCUCAGCCUUUUCCCAGCGUCAGUAAGAUCAUUGCAGACAUGCUCUUCAAUCUUCUGCUCCAGGCCCUCUUCCUCAUUCAGGGAUGGAUUGUGAGUCUCUUCCCCAUUGAUGCGAUUGGUCAGCUGGUCAGUCUCCUGCACAUGUCUCUGCUCUACUCGCUUUACUGCUUUGAAUAUCGCUGGUUUAAUCACGGGAUUGAAAUGCACCAAAGGCUGUCAAACAUUGAGAGGAACUGGCCGUAUUAUUUUGGCUUUGGUUUGCCCAUGGCUCUCCUGACGGCGCUGCCCUCCUCAUACAUCAUCAGCGGCUGUCUGUUCUCCAUUCUCUUCCCGCUUUUCAUCAUCAGUGCUAAUGAAGCGAAAACCCCAGUCAAACUCUACCACUUCCAGCUCCGCCUGUUUUCCCUGGUCGUUCUCAUCAGUAACAAACUCUUCCACAAGACGGUUCACAUGCAGAGCUCCAUCACGACCUCUACGUCCACAGAGAAGCUGCCCUCGCCGCACGUGUCCCCAGCGCGCCCGCGACCUCCGCCCCCCCAGUGACCUCUUUCAGGAGUCCUAACUUUGGGUUGAGCGAGUCAGGCGAUUAGGUGUGUGUGUCGAUGUUCUUGUGUGGGAUGAAUCGGACUGGUUAGUAUUGUAAUCGCCCGGCGUUCAAGACUGGAUUCACACGAGGUCAUGAUUGUCUGCGUGAUUUGUUUUGUUUUUUUGGACUAUUUUUGUACCCAUGACGUGCCAUUUGGGUGAUUUGUAGAGACAGCACAAAGACCUCAGCAUGAACCCUCUUCUUUUAGGCCCUCUAGUUUCUAUCUCGACUAAUUUUAUCUAUUUAUGGCCUUCUUUUUAAUUUGAUGUAAUGACUUCUUCUGCCUUGUGUGGCCCAGACAAAUGAUAACGUGUUUAUCGGUUAACACUACGCUCUGUGACACGCUUUAGGGCUUCCCCAAGUGGUUUAUUGUUCUGCACUGAACACUGAACUCGACUGCUGAUCAAAUUGAAAGGCAUAUUUUAAAGCUCAUUACUUUAUUGACUAGACAUCAUCUUAAAGGAAUAGUUCAGCCAAAAAUGAAAAUUCUGCUAUCUGUGGAACACAUAAAUAGAGAUUUUGCAGAAUGUUCAUGCUGCUCAAGUCUUUAGUUGUAUUAAAAAGAGCCGUGUACACGUUUUGUGUUCCACAGAAGAAUGACAUGAGAGUGAGAGAAUUUAGUUUUUUGGGUUGAAAUAUUCUACUAAUGUAAAACUCAAAAGGGAGCUGCUUUUUAUUUCGCACCUUUUAAAUGUGUUUUUAUUUGGGGAACACCAUGUCAACAUGAUCCAGUGUCAUCUGUUAUGGUUCUGGGAUGAUUUUCAACAGUAUGCACAAGUUUUAUUCCUCUGCACUGCCAAACUGUGUGACACGCGUGAGUGAAACUGUUCUUUAAAUGAUCACGGAUCCGAUGAACGCUGGCAGGUCGAGUGGAUAUCUCCUGCGGUGUGUGUUCCUGAAACCUGCUUUCCAACACCUGAAACUGAAGCACAUGCUAAACGCCCAUUUUGAUGUCCUUGUAUCAGUGGGGAGGGAGGGUGGUGUGUAUUUUAAAAAGGGUUGUAAUUAUUGUCAGGAGUCCAUAGUGUUACACCUACAGACAGAUAUUUGUGAGUGACAUUUUGUAAAAGUAUUACAUUUUAUUUCAAUAAAUUUGGACUGUGUACAGUA